AUGGUCUGCUCGGCUGCCCCUGUGCUACUCCCGGCCAUGACUCUCCCUCUGGUGGGAUCACUUGUCCGAGAGUCCCAGCCUGGACAGGGUCAGGCUGGAGGGGAAUCAGGGCAGCAAUUGGACCAAGAACGUGGAGCAGGUGAAUCGGUCCUGGUCUCCGUCUAUGUACAGCUGUACUUUUCAAGUGAGCGCCAGCCGGCGGCACUCUCUGGGCCCAUGACUCUCCCCACCGCCUCGGCUUCCUCCGCCCCAGUAACUCUCACUGGCCUCAGCCUCACAGCCGAGUGCGAUGUCACCCACAAGGGGUGUAGCUACUGUGCUUGCCUCUCCGGGUACCAGUGGAACACCAGCGUCUGCUCCCAUCACCCGCCCUGCCAAACCCCCCGUAAGCGCCGGCCUUGUGGCUGCCUUGUCUUCGGCCCUGCUGAAGCCGGGUACUGCCAGCUGCUGCCACCUGUCCCCGCGGCCAUGAGCCUCAACUCCUGGCUUCAGACGCCUGGCGACACCCUGAACCUGACCCUCCUCACAAGCCAGGACACCACCAACCUGAACUGGUUCCUGUGGCCCACAGGGAGCCCCAGCCCCAUCCUCCUGCGGGCAGGGUCACGUGUGUCCUUGACCUCCAGCCGGAACCGGGCUGUCCUCAGCAUUGUCAACAUGUCCCAUAAAUGGGCAGGUGAGUACAUAUGCUGCUUUGAGGCCCAGGGAUUCAGGUGGGAGCUGCACCAGAUGGUGAGGGUGCCCCUGCAGGUGACAGAUGUGGCUGGGCUCCCAGACCAGCUCUCCAUCUCCUGUGCCACCUCCCCUGGCUUCCAGCUGAGCUGCUGCAUCCCCAGUGCCCACCUGGGCUACACGGCUUCCUGGAGCCCCAGAGACGGCAACGAAGCCUCCUUAUUCAACACGCCGGACUCCCAGUGCUUCGUGCUGGCUGUUCAGCGCUGCCCUGCAGCCGACACUACGCACACUUGUGACCUGCAGAGCCCGGGACUGAGCCCUCUCAGGGUUGCCGUCUCUGUCACCGUCAUCCAGGUACUUGGGGCUUGGGAUGGAGACAACAGCCGCCCUGAGGACUCUUCAACUAUUGCCUGGAACGUCACCAAGGCUGGCCAUGUGGCACAGGCCCCGUGUCCCUGGAAGAGGAGGGGCAUGGUGAAGAGGCCUUGUAGGCCUGAGGGGGGCUGGGGGCCCAUCCACAGCAGCUGCACGGACACGGGGCUCCUGGCCUUGCUUCUUAGAGCCCGGCUGCUGAGGGUAGGCCAGGGCUGGCCUGUGGACGAGGUACCACAGACCUUGGCUCAGCUGCUGGAGCAGGCAGUGGUGGUGACCCCACCCACCGACUCAUUGGCACUGGUGGCCACCAUGACAAUCCUGGCCAAGGUGGUAGCACAUUCCAGAAUACAGCUCAACGGCAGUGCCCUGGAGGUGAGAUCCUUGAGCCACAUUGGGGCCAGCUGGGUAGUGUGGGCUGGCAACUCUUCACCUCUGGGCAUUUCUGUCCCUCUGACAUCACCAUGGGCUGUCAGAUGGCAGACUCUUCUAGAGUCCAAGUGUCUGCUCCUCUCGUCCAUUUCUCCUCUUGGAUACCAGUCUCCAAGGCCGCGGAGUGUGGAGGAGGCCUGAUGCUGGGAACACAUGGGAGGUCAGGGAAGGCAGGGAGGGGUGUGGAGACAGGAGUUCAGAGGCCUUCACGCACAUGCAGAUAUGCGGAUAUGACGUGAAUCCCCCCGUGCCCACACACAAGGUACCUAUGUGGAGAUACUCAAACGUACUUGGCUUUGCUGGACUCACCUAAACCAGCUCUCAGUAUAGCAUCAGUUGCUGACCCAGAAGCUGCAACCAAAAGAAUAAUCGGGGACAAUGACACUGCACUGCACACCUUUCGUGUCUGGGAAUACGCAUCACACGGGGGUGCAGACAUGCAGGUGGCCCUCUACUUCAGAACGCAUGCCCUCUACCUCUGGGCACCAUUCCUAGCUUUACGGACCUGUAGGGGUCCCCUUAGGACCUGGGUGGCCUCAAGGGAUGGAAGGGGGAGAAGGGUCAUCAGACGGAGGGGUGGGAUGUGCAUCAAGGGCCACAUACUUGAAGAUGCCCCAGCGGUUCUUCCUGUCCAGAAAGCUUUCCCCAGAGGAGAUGGGCACAGCUAGAAGCCAAGAGAAGACUGGGGUUUUAGGGCAAGCUCUCCAACAACAGAGAAAGCACCCCAGGCAGAGGACACAUUCAGGUUCUUGGGCUCCUGAUUAUAACCUGGACUCCUGGUGACUCUGGAUUGUCCCUUGUUUCUCCCUGAAAAUCUGCCUCCAGUUAGCAUUUGAAGGGAAAAGUAGGAUCGGAAUGCACAGGAGUCACUGUAGCUGGGAGUAAAGUUCCUAGGAUUUUUGCUGCCCAGGCAGGAGGGCAGGUGAAAAUGUAAAAAUGGAUACAACCUCGUCAAAGGAGAGCUGGCAAUAAUAAUAAUUGCUCUGCAGCUGGGCCUUUCCACCCCUUCCUAGGCCACAAAUGAAACCUACAUCCCAGAACACAGCAAAGGAGGAAGUUAAGAUGCCAGGUGAGAAAGAAGCAUUCUUGGGAGCAGCGUGACCAGCGUGGAGUGAGGCCGAGUGUACAAAGGGCUUUCCAGCAAAGCUCUAAAAAGAAAACUCCUCUUCAUAUACCUGUCCCAACCUAAAGGGUGGAAAAAAGACUUCUUCAAGUAGACAUUUCUAGAGGGGCUGAAGGAGGUGGAGGCCUCGGAAAGCAGAUGGCAUAACUCCCACUGCUUUUCCCAGAAAGCUGAAGGGAGUGUCACCACCACCAACCCUUGACUCAGUUCACUCUGAAAAUUCCCUUUCACACUAUCGAAUUUUUAAUUACCCUGAAAAACCAUUGUUUUGAAGGAACUGCCAUUGGUGGGUCUGGUGUCCAGAGGAGAGGGUAGCUUGCAGAGGCUUUAGGGCGAGGCUUUAGGGCGAGCUCUUUCACGGGGAAGACAGAAGCUCUGAGUGACCACAGGCAGAGCCGUGUUCCUUCAAGGGUGUCGAGGGUGUGUCCUUGAAUCCAGGGAUGGGUCCUGGCCCAUCCUCUGAACCCUUUCCGCCUCCCAGAGCUCAGCCCUUGGGAAAGAUAGGCUUGUUUUCAUUAGUCACGCGCAUCUCUCUGGCAGCUUACCUGUUCCCCAUCUGUGACUGUCCAAGCAAGAAAAGUAUGAAAAACUAACUAAAGCUACCUAAUGAAUAAGGCUGCCUUUGCUGUAAAAAAUAAUCAACAGAUAGCAAAGUUCAAAAUAAUUACAAGUAAAACUGUCUCA